GAUGCGUACCAUCCUUGCAAGGCCAUCAGCCAGCAGCAGAAAAUCAUUUUUCUAAUCGUGUGUUUGUUGCAGGAAGAAACUUCCGAAGAUUUUCGAUUCCGCAAUUCGUGGCCCGAUUUUGGCCGCAUCCGGACGGGUAGUGCACGGGACGCUUUCGGCGGAGUGCUUUCACGGUUGUGGUCGGUGGAAUUUCGCGAUUUGCGUGAGGGGGGAAAGUGUAGAAAUUUUUCGUCAUCCUUUCGAGUUUUGUUUGCCGCAGCGGCUGUCAUGAGCUCACUGCAGAAAAGCACGUCGCCCUUUUCUGCUUGGAUCUAAGCAGGCAGGCGACGACGGAUUUGUUUUGGUUUUGCAAGUUGCCGGGGGUUGAUUUGGGGAGAGUGCGAUGUUUUCCCCGGUGCAAGGGUCGAUUUGGGACCGCAUUAAGAUUAAGAACUCACAGUUGAACAAUUCGAGGGCGCAGAGCUCGAUGACGGUUCCCGGGACGGUGUCGGAGUGGGAUUUGAGUCAGGUAAAUUUGCGUGGUGGGGAGGAAGAGGAUGGUUCGCGGAAGGCGAUUCCGACGAUUGAACUGGAGGACGAUGAUGAAGAUGAUGUGGAGAGUGAUAGUGUGAGGGGGGAGGAACUGUUGCGGGGGUUCCCGUCCGCUCACCGGAUUCAUGUGGUGCCGGUUCAGAUGGAGGCAUCGAGUCCGGUGAUGGUCGGAGAUGCCCACAGUCGGAGCCUGGUGCGGCGGUCGAUUCAUGAGUAUCGUCCGCUGGAUGAGUCGCUGCCGGGGGAGAGUUUCCAGAUGCACAGCAGUUCGGCGACGGCUGGGAUAAUCGUGAACCGAUCGUACAAUAAGAAGCCGGGCAAUCCGUUGAGGGACAACUACUUUAGCAGCAGUGUGCUGGACACGCCACCGUCGCCGGGAAUGCUGCCCGUGGCGAGUAUCUUUGGCGAGAGUCGACCGACCAGUACGGAACCGAGGAUUGUGAUGACCGCGAACCACUACGAGAAGCGCAUCAUUCGCCGUUCCGUGGAGAAACCCUCGUCCACGACUACGGCCACGACGGCCAGUAGCGGCAGCUCGAGUCGGGAGCGUCGCCGGGAAAAGAACAACGCCCCGUACAAACUGCUCGGCGUGAUCGAUCUGGAGCCGGACUCGGAAACGGAAUCUGCGGACACGUACCCGGACGGACCGAGCUGUCUGGACAAUACCACAACGACCACGGUCAUGGAGAGCUUCGUGAGUCGGAAGGUGUUGAACUCGCCGGAGGUGGCCGCUACUCCGCGCGUUACCAGCAGCAGUGACGUAGUUCCGGCGAUGACAACGAAUGGUGAGGGCAAGGUGUUGACGAUUGAAAUCGACGAGGACGAAGAGGCGUUCGAUGAGGAAGAUACGCGGAUGGAGCUGUCCGAGGCGGAGGACGAACCGGCGUUGAUCCCGGAAGGUUGUGAAGCGGAGAAGGAGGUCGAAGUCGAUGAGCAGUGUACGCUGAGCGAUUCGGACAGCUCGACGGCGCAGGUCAAUCCUUCGUCAUUGGCCAACUCGUUCUGGGACGUUUCAAGCUCGGGCUGCAACAAGCAACCCGGUGGCGAGCAAAGUGGAUCUUCGAGGGCGAACAAAGAUACGGAGUUUGACCUGCUGCUGGACCGGAUCAACCAGCAGGUUCCCGCCAUGUCCCAGCACGAUCGCAUCGAGCACUGGCGGGUAACGAAGGAAGAUCUACUGUACUCGAUACCAACGGUGGCGGAAAUAGAUUCCGGCAAACCGGCCAAACGACCCAUGGACGGUCCAAUUCACAUCUCCAGCAGCGAAAGCAGCACGGACUCGGAAACGAGCGCCAGCCCAAGUUUGCUAGCCGCCAAGCAGCAACGUGCCAGCAUCAAGAAGCGACGCACCGGCGAAGAACUGGCCACCGGAGAACGCUCCUCACCCUCGCUGCACCUGAGCGAAGAGUUGGAUUUUCGGAGGAGCCAAAUUAAUCCCGAAAUUGACAAAACAAGCAUGAUCCAGUGCCGCAAGAACUACCACAAAUUCCCCACUCGAUUUCAUCGUGCAACCAACGCAACCGAAGAAGCGAACCGCCCCCAAGACCCGUACGUAGAGCUCAUGAGCCGGAAGGACGCGGAAAGUGACAAAUUCGCCACGUACCUGCGCCGCAACAACCCAGCCUACCGGCCGGAUCUCAAAGCUCUUCAGCAACGCGGUCUCGCCGACAACAAAGUAGCCGUCGUCGUGCUGUCACCGCUGAGUUUGCAAACAGCCGAAACGUCACCACAACCCGAACGACGCCGCUCGGACGAUCGCGUCUCGCAGCGGUACGGCAAAGAGCGCAAACUUCGCUACAAAGUGCGCAAACCGCGCAACAAAAAGAAAAUCGUCGUCGUGGCGUCCAACCUGCGCAGCAGCUACCGCCGGCUCAUCAUGAAGCAAAGCUCGCUCCGCAACGGCAAGAUCCGCAAGAAGGCGUCCUUCGUGAGUCUGCUCAGUGCGAAAAAGAAGAAAUCGCGAACGCCGGAACCGAAGCCGGAGCUGGUGGUCGCCCGGACGCGGGCCCGCGUCUCCGUGGACAGUGCCGUCAGCAGCAGCACCUCGGCGGAGCACAAGAAGCGCGUCGAGACGGCGGCGGCGGUCGUGCCGAACGAGUUGCGGACGAUGAAGAAUCCGCUGGUUCGGGCGAACGGGGAAGUGCUGGCGGUGUACUACUUUGUGGACAAGCUGGUCGUGGUGCAGCAGGAGCUGGUCAGCUUUUGGGGCUGCUCGAAGCUGGCGGCGUUGCUCGGGUUGAGCCAGGAGUUGCGGCUGUUGGGGCAGUGCAAGAGGGCGCAAACGGAUUCCGACGUUGACCCGACCAACUCCCAGCGGCUGGGCUUCAACGAGAACGAACCGUUCUAUCUGGAACCACGCGCUCGCAACCUGGACGAGGACGACGCGCGGACCUGUCCCCUAGCAUCGAUGUACGUCAACUGUUACUAUCUGGCCGACGAUGAUGAGGGCGAGAACGGCGACAAGGCCGACGAGGAAGACGGUUCCGGGAUGGUGCUUCGGAUGAAGUCUCUUCAGCUGGACAGCGUGCGGAGUGAAAUUUCGGACAUUCUGUUUAUGCCGCUGCCGCGCUCGCGCUACUUUAUGCUGUGUUGGCACGAGCAACUGUCGGAGAGUGACUACCGGACGGGACUGUGCAAGUACAGUCUGACGCCGGACCUGGAAACGCUGGCCAGCAUCCGGGAGUUUCCGAGCGUCACGCAGAAGGUGACAGGGUUGCGGUGCACCGACGACAAGCUGAUCGGGCUGGGCGCGACCACGAUCGCCAUCUGGAACACGGUGAACGGCUGUUUGGUCUUUACGGUGGACCUGAAGAUGGACAUUCAGGUGCCGCUGGCCACGUACGUGCACACGGAGAAUGACGAGAGCGCUCUCUUCGUGGUACAUUUGUGUCCUUCGCCCAGCGGAAACAGUCAUCGUAAACUGGUCAAAGUACUCGGUAUUAACAUGGGCAAACGUUCCUGGCAUCUGGUCCACAGCUAUGAGGUCGCACUGGAGUCACAAAGCAUCCUGUGCGAAUCGUCAACGCUAAACGCGGCCAGCCUGCACUGCGCCACCUUUGCCAGCGGCGAACUGCUGGCGCUCAGCCUGGAUGAUCUCACGACGUGCGUCACGAACCACCAGCGGCUGCAGGGUCCGGACGGGCGGCGCGUGACGCGGGACUGCGUGGCCGCGCGGGAGAAAAUCUUCCUCCACCCGGCGGAACCGCGCCAGCUCGUGCUCGUCAGCGAAAAGUUCAUCAAGCUCAAAACCGUCGACGAGUACCUGCUCGCAUGUAGAUAGAGGAGCCGAAUCACACGUGUCGAGUCAAAUUGCGUUAGUUUUUAUAAUUUUUCGAGUUUCAGUUCAGUUCCUCAGCGGCGGUGGUUCGCGUCCUAGGCAAUAACAUUGUAUAUUAUCUUAGAGGCCGUAUUACCUAUUGUUAGUGAGUGUUUUAGCUUCUACAACACACCAUUUUCCUCGACGAGGAAGGACACGUUUUCAAUUAUUGUGUAGUUUUUCGUGCCCCCUCCCCUAUUUUAUAUUUCUCACAAUUUGUUACAAUGUAUUCACCCACUCACUCAUACAAAGUUUACAUUGUGAUUGUGGCGCGCGCUUGGUUUGGAUUUGGACGGAAUCACCCCUACGUAGUCGUUAGAAUCUUUUUUUUUGUUUAUAACUUUUGAUAGAGCAGGACGAGAAAUAAUGAAGAGGACAUCUAAAAAAUACAGAGAUAUAUUAUAUUGUAAAAAAA